CUUCCAGCUUCCCACAAAUGUAGCGGUGCAGAAGAAAGGCACAUCGGGGAGAAUUUCCCUUCCUCACCCUCCCCGCGAGCCCGCUAACACCAUCGCGGCCGCAUGAAAAUCCAUCUCAGUGGUGCAAAUCACGAGCAUCUUCUCUAUCCUCCCCCUGCUCGUUCAACCUUUGCUCUUUGUCUUUGUUUAGCUUCACCCUUCCUCCGGUAGCUCUCACUGCUCUGGCCACAGACUUCCUUUAGGUCAGCUCGGCUGCCGCUGCAGCACAACUUGCAGCCAAGUCGCAAACACUGUAGUGCUGCUGACUCCCCAGGAGGAAAGACAUGCCUGCCAGAGAUUAAUGGCUCACUCAGGUCCCAGACUAUUGAUUCAACCUCCUGUGACCAGGAUAGAGUCACUUAAGCUUCCCAUGCCUCAGUUCUCCAGCUGCGAAAUGAGGACAGUGCUGACAUGCCUUUCCCUGUUCAGUCCAACAAUUCGAGUUUCCAUGAAUGCCUGGGAAGCCUCUCCGGGAGGUUAGAGGAAGCAGGAGAUGGAGUUAUAAACAUUAUGCCUGCAGCUGAGAUAAAAGGUGACUGAGAAAUGAGGAAGACCAGACCUGGAGUAGAGCAGCACCACCCUUUCCCUAUGGGGAACAAAGUGCAUCCAUUAAAGUGCACUUUGAUGUGUGAGUGCUGAUGGUUUUUAUAUCCUCCUAGACAGUCCAUCCCCAUAACACUGUGGCUUUUUCAUACCUGCUGGCUGCUUGGCAGCCCUAUCACACACUGCUAGGCCCAGGCACUGCUGUCAUGAAGGACCUGGUUAAGCGCAUGGUGUUGAAGACACACUCAUGUCUGGAAUGUGGUAAAUCCUUCAGCAAGAAGGGAAACCUGAAGAGACACCAGAAGAUCCACACAGCAGAGGAGCUCUUCACUUGCGGGGAGUGUGGGAGGCGCUUCACGACCCGGGGCCACCUCACAACCCACCAGAGCAUCCACACGGGAGAGAGGCCCUUCUGCUGCGGGGAGUGCGGGCGCUGCUUCCGCCUGGAGAUAUGCCUGGCCGCCCACCAGAAGACACACACCAAGGGUGGGCCCUACCUUUGUGCCCACUGCGGGAAGAGCCUGAGCACGAAGAUAUACUUCAACAUCCACAUGAGGACCCACAGAGAGAAGAGACCGUUUGCCUGCACUGAGUGUGGGAAGAGCUUUGUGAAAAAGGGGACACUCACCGCACACAGGGAGAUCCAUAAGCGAGAGAAGCCCUUCAAAUGCCCUGAUUGCAGCAGGUGCUUUGGGCAAAGUGCCACGCUGCUGGCCCACCAGAAGAUACACCUCCGCGGAGGGCCCUUCAUUUGUACCGAGUGCGGGAAGAGUUUGAGUACCAAGCGGUAUUUCAACGUCCACCAGAGGAACCACGCCAAGCAAAAGCCACUUGAGGGACACAUCAACAGCAUGUCUCUCCGGAUCAUCCAGAUUAAAGAAGAGCCUGACUUGGCCUUCACACUGAAGGAGAAUGUGUUGGACAACAUUUCCUGUGAUGGAGAUGGAUCUCAGGGGUGUAGUCUACCUAGAAACCUAUCUGAUACAAAGAGCCCUUCUUGGAAAAUCCAGAUGAAGGAAGAAUUGGAACGAGCCAUUGACGGUGAAGUAAAUAUUACUGCAAUAGCCUGCCAAAAACUCUGCAUCAAAGAAGAGCCACCAGAAAACCUGGGCUAUGGAAAGCUCUUUGACCCAAAGAUCUCAUUGAUGGCUUUAUGUGGAAGCCAGGUUAAAAAGGAAGGAGAUGCUGAUGUGCAGCAUGUGGGGGAAGUCCCCACUGUUGGCAACAGAGUGGUCCAGGUGAAGGAAGAACCACAGGAAAGCAUUCAGUAUGGGAUCCAUUAUGGGCAGAAGACAAACCGCAGUGCCAUUCGGAGGAUCCAGAUUAAAGAGGAAGCCGGUGUGGAGGCUGACCACCAGGAAAGCCAGAGCCCGAAGAGGAAGCAGAAGAAAUGCCAUCAGCCCGCCAAAGAAGGGCUGCUGGAAAACCGAGAGAAAUCCAAGUCCAAGAAAGAUCCCUCAGCAAAGGCAGUUCCCAAAGCUGAACGGAUAUUCCCCUGUCCUGAGUGCGGGAAGAGUUUCAAUCAGAAAUCCAACCUGACCAGACACCGGAAGAUCCACACAAGUGAGGGGCCAUACAAGUGCAGCGAGUGCGGGGAGAGCUUCCGCAUGAACCGGAAACUGGUCCGGCACCAGAGAGCCCACAUGAGUGAGCCCUUUAAAUGCACUGAGUGUGGGAAGAGCUUCACUCAGCGAUCGAAUCUGGUUCGGCAUCAGAGGAUCCAUACCAAGGAGGAGCCCUACCAGUGCCCUGAGUGCGAGAAGACCUUCAACCAGAAGGCCAAUCUCUUCCGGCACCAAACAAUCCACAUUCGUAUGGGACCUUGCAAAUGCACCAAGUGUGGGAAAUGCUUCCCCCAGAAGCGGCAGCUCAUUAAACACCAGCUGCUCCACUCCCGAGGUGGGGCCUACAAGUGCGGGGUGUGUGGGAAACGGUAUCGGCUGAAGAAGUACCUGAGAAGGCAUCAGAAAAUCCACAUACGGGAAGGAACUGUCCCACACAUGAAACGGGGGGAGGCCACAAGGAGCAGUAGCAGUCCCCACCACAACGAGCAGAGAGUGCUGGUCCCUGUGAAAAGCGAGGACAAGACACCACCUGGGCCACAGCCUCUGAGGACUGGCAUGAUGGAGCAGCCGGCCACGAUGACUCUGGAGCUCUUGGAGGUAGAGGAUCAUCUCAGCCAGCCCCAGGAGAAGUUAUAUGCUUCUACGAUUUGUGGGGGCAGUUUUAACCACAAGGUUAUCCUAGCAGCCCACCAGAAGUCCCACAAGGAGGACAUGGAGGCUGAAGGGUAUGAGAAGGAGAGAAACACUGAACCAGUCAGGGAGCUGCAGGACCUAGAGGCCAUCGGAGCCAGAGAGGAGGUCAGUGGGGAAGGCCAGGGAGAUCAGAGGGCACAGAGGGAUCCUGAGAGGAAGGAGAAGCCCCACGCCUGCAAUGAGUGCAAAAAGAGCUUCAAGAUGAAAGUGGACCUUUCCAAGCACCUCCGUACUCAUAUGGGCGAGAGGCCGUUCCCUUGCACCGAAUGCAGCAAGAGGUUCAUCACCAAAUCGCAGCUCAAGGAGCACCAGAGGAUCCACACCGGGGAGCGACCGUACAAGUGUCUGGACUGUGGGAAGAGCUUCACCCAGAAGUCGCAGCUCAUCGUGCACCGCCGGAUCCACACGGGCGAGAAGCCCUACCAGUGCGGCAGCUGCCAGAAGAGCUUUGUGGACAAGUCGCAGCUGGUGGCCCACCACCGCAUCCACACAGGUGACCGCCCCUUCAAGUGCGGGGUGUGCAGCCGCGGCUUCCGGCAGAAGAUCACCCUCAUCAAGCACCAGCGGGUCCACAGCACCGAGGGAGGCCGGCGGGAUGCCACCAGGGUCAUCGUGGCUGAAACCACACCGGCAGGGGAGAAGAUCUUCCGCUGCGGAGCCUGCGGGAAGGAGUUCAAGAAGAAGUCGGUGCUGGUGACCCACCAGAGGAUCCACACCGGGGAGGAGCCCUACGCCUGCGCCACGUGCGGAAGACGCUUUCGCCAGAAGAUCCACCUCGCCCGCCACCAGCGGACCCACGAGCGGCCCGCGGCCCACGUCUGUGGGGCCUGCGGGGACCGCUUCGGCACCAAGGGGGAGAUGCUGCGGCAUCGCCAGAGCCGCCACCCCCGCCAGGCCCCCCACACCUGCACCGCCUGCGGGAAGCGCUUCAGCCAGAAGGUCGGGCUCACGGCCCACCGACGCGUCCACGAGCGGGCACCAGGGGCUGCCAGCGGGGGCAGCAAGCCCCUCGGGGCCACCCACGCCUGCGGGCAGUGCGGCAAGACCUUCGCCAAGAAAGGCAACCUGGCCAACCACCAGCGGGCCCACACGGAGGGCCGGGGCCACCGCUGCGGGUGCUGCGGCAAGGGCUUUGCCCGGCGGGCGGAGCUGGUGAAGCACCAGCGCACCCACACCGGGGAGAAGCCCUAUGGGUGCGGGCAGUGCGGCAAGACCUUCGCCCAGCACGCCCAGCUGGUCGCCCACCAGCGCGUCCACACCGGCGAGCGGCCCUACCCCUGCGGCGACUGCGGCAAGCGCUUCGGCGACAAGUCCCGCCUUGCCGUCCACCGCCGCACCCACACCGGCGAGCGCCCCUUCCCCUGCGCCGCCUGCGGAAAGGGUUUCCGCCAGAAGGUCGCCCUGGCCAAGCACCGCCGCGUCCACGAGCGGGGCCGGGAAGAGGCCGGUGGCGAGGGCGAGGGGCGGCAGAGCCCGGCCGGGCCCCGACGGCGGCUCCCCGGCAGCGAGCAGCCCUUCGCCUGCGGUGAGUGCGGGAAGGGCUUUGCCCAGAAGGCCCAGCUGGCCGUCCACCUCUGCACCCACACCGGCGAGCGGCCCUUCCCCUGCGCCGACUGCCCCAAGGCCUUCAGCGACAAGUCCCGCCUUGCCGUCCACCGCCGCACCCACACCGGCGAGCGGCCCUUCCCCUGCGCCGCCUGCGGCCGGGCCUUCACCCAGAAAGUGGCCCUCGCCGCCCACCAGCGGGUCCACACGCGGGAGCACCGGCCCCCGCCAGCGCCUGGACCCCCGGGUGAGGAGUGGCCCUUCCCCUGUGCCGUCUGCGGGAGGGGCUUCCGCAAGGAGAUCGCCCUCGUCAGCCACCAGCGGGUCCACACCAAGUACGAGCCCAACCGCUGUGGCAAGUGCGGCCAGGUCUUCCCCGACCGGGCCCAGCUCCGGCUCCACCAGCCCUCUCAUGCUGAGGACCGACCCUUCAAGUGCACCACGUGCGGGAAGGGCUUCAAGAGGAAGGAGAUCCUGGUCACCCACCAGCGGGUCCACACGGGAGAGGCACCCUUCCAGUGCCCCCAGUGCGGAAAAAGCUUCUCGCAGAAGGCCAACCUCAUGAAGCACCAGCUCACCCACACCCGCAGGGGCCCAUUCAUCUGCUCUGACUGUGGGCAAAGCUACACCACCAUCGGCCACUUCAAGAGGCACCAGAGGAACCACCUCAAGAAGCGAAGCCCACCUGGUGAGGGAGAAGAGCCCCUUGAGGACCUGACAACUGGCCACAUGGCACUGGAGCCUGUGGGUGGCCACAGUGGCCCUGUCAUUGUGGUGAAGACAGAGGUUGAUGCUGAUGACUAUGAGGUCCUGCAGGUACCCUGAUGGAGCGAAUCCGUGUUUGCACCUGCUCCUUUGGGGACAGGGAUGCUGCAUCCCCCCUCAGCCCAUGUUCCCAUGCUUCCCUGGGAGCAGCCAGGACAUCUCACAGCAUUCGGUGGGGGUCAGGAAUGAAAACACCUGCUAGGAUCUGGACUGCAGCAUUCAGAGAAACCCUGAAUAAAGCCUCAGUCAAAACUGGCUUAAAAAUGUGAGAAUUGGGUAUGGGGGGGGGGAAUACAUAGGUGUUUUGGCUUCUUUUUUGAUUUUUAAGAGUCACUUUUUCAGGGGUGUUUUUUCUAUUUUUUUUUAUUAUUGUUUGGCUAACAGGAGGGCUGAAAAGCUCAUUUUUUAAAGCAAGAAAAUGAAAUCUGUGAUUUCGGAUAUAUUUGCCUGACUCCAAGAACUGGAGCGUUAAAAAACAAGACACCGAAUACUGAGACACUUGCCAUCUCCAACUUCCUGGCAGGAACUGGAGCAGAUCAGUGUUGUACCUAGGCCUCCAGCCGCAGACACCGGCACCAUGAAACAGCAGUCACCCAACCAUCCUGUGGGCACGUGCUCACUGCAGGGCAGCGUGGAGGUCCACUGCCAUGGGAGAAUUGGAUCGAGCUAUACAGGAGGAUAUCACUACCAAUGGACUCAGGGAUGGGGACCGUCCUGGCACCUGGGGAAGUCACACUGAAGUCAUUUAACGCUACUCAUGGGGCGCAAACGCCCACCCAACAUGGGCCAGUUUGCAGACCUAGAGCCUCAGAGUAAGCACGGGCUCAAAGCCAACGCAGGGUUUAUUUCAAACUGUUGUUGUUCCCAAGGAACCUGCUUUAAAAUAAACUCAUGCAUGGCUUGAUUGUAAGUGGUAAUCCCAGGGCACGUUUGUACAAAACUGAGGACAUUUGUAGCACAGCCAUGGUUUUAGAGGCACGGUUUGUGAGGUCUCGGACCUGUUUCUUACACUGGUCAAGUAUUCUUGGUUGCCGUGACACUAUGUGGCUCCUAAACCUGGCGAAAUGCCAGAGAAAUCCAAUGCAAGCCAGUUCAGCUCCUCAGCAGCUGCAGGACAUGGUAACAUCACCCAUGGGUACCACCAGCUCUGGGCAUCCCACAGUCCUGCCGCAGCAUCUGCCAGUCAGUGCACUGAGGUAGGGAGUGAAAAGGAGACCAUAUCGUCUCACCUUUACAGCCUUGACCAUAGUGUGGCACCAGCAAAUGGUGUGUUUAAUUGCUCUUUCCCAAUGAGCUCACAGCCUCCCCUGGGGGGUUGUUGUGCCCAUGCAGCGAGCAGUGCCACCCAUCCUCCCGCUCCCCAUGCUCCUCCAAAAUGCUCCCUCCUUAGCACCCGGGCUUUGCCUUUGAGGCCACGCCGAGGUGCAGCAUGGCACCCACAUGUACAUAGCUGCUGAUUUGCACAUGCCUUUGGAGCUCAGGAAGCCACCUCACACCCUUAAAAUUACCCAGGAAUUGGCAGGAUCGGGAUUUAAAACCAUUCCUCUGGAGUGAUUAUUCGUGCUGGAUUCAUUGUGAGCCCUGUGCUGCAUCCCCCACCAUAGCUCCUGCUACUAAAGGCCUCUUCCAUUUAAUUAAUAUCCUUCCAUUAACCACGGCAAAGAGCUCUGUUGCCAUGAAGUGAUGACAGGAGCUGAAAGAGGUCUCAAUAUGCCACUGUUAGCUUGCAAAAGCUGGGCUGGUCUGUCUGCAAACCCCGUGCAGUAACCUGAUGAGCCAAAUGGGUAGGUAAACAAAAUUAAAGGCCUAAAUCCAUUUACAGAAUAGAUGUAAACAUCUGAGCCAGUCACCCCAGUCUCUGUUUUAAAUCAAAGAAGAGAAAUAGGGACUUGGAGAGAGUGAUUUAUCUGCCCUAGUUUAGACAUCCGCUCUGGGAUGAGAGUCCUAGCUGGACUGACUG